GGAGUAGUGGACCGUGGUGGACAGCUCGCAUCGUAUAAACGUGUCAAAAAACAUAAAACAAAAGUCUGAUAUUUUUGUUAAUUUCUAGUUGUUUCUAGAUUUCUUUGUUUCUGUUAAGAAUUUUUGAGCUACUGUCCAUUCAAAGUGUUCAAAAUACUGCAACUAGGCUCUAAUUUGUACGUUUCUUCUCAUUCUUCUUCCCUUUUCUUUUGUAAACCAGUGAAUGUGAACAUCAUCUUAUUUCUGGAUUGCGCAAUAUUAAACCAGUACUGAAAGACGUGGUAAAAGGAGACGAAAUGAUUAAAGAUUUGUAGCAGGAUAAGUAAUUUUGAAGAAUGCUCAAGGAAGGCGAAAGUGGAACAGCAGGAGCAGGAGGCUGCAAUGUCGGCUCUAGACCUCGACGAUUUUUUCCACGUUUUUCGCUCCGAAGGCUUUUAUACUCGAGUCCGCUGAUUGGUCGUCGAAUUUCAAGAGUGACUAAUUCCAGCAUCCGAAAUACCAAAGCAAAAGAUCCUGUAAAUAAAGUGAUAGAUGUUGAGAAAGGAGAAGCUAGAGUUAGUAAUGGAUCGAGUCACUUUCAGUUUCACAAUUCUGACCUGCAGCGUGCUUCCAGUAAAGGCUCUGUACUUUCAACUGCAGGGAAGAGUACCGAAAAUGGAGUGAUGGAAUGCCCUCUCUGCUUGGCUGAAUUGCCAAGCGAAUUAUUUCCCACAAUUCAGUCUUGCCACCAUCGCAGUUGUUACGAUUGCUUUCAGCAGUAUCUCCGAGUCGAAAUUUCGGAAUCUCGGGUCAAUAUUGCCUGUCCUGAAUGCUCCGAGCCUUUACAUCCCAACGAUAUACGAAUGAUCUUGAACGAUCAAGUGCAACUGGAAAAAUAUGAAGAUUUUAUGGUGAGGAGAGUGCUGGCUGUGGAGCCUGAUGCAAGAUGGUGUCCUGCGCCCGAUUGCUGUUUUGCUGUGAUUGCAAGUGGUUGUGCCUCCUGUCCGAAAUUGCGAUGCGAGAGGCCAGGAUGUGACUCGUACUUUUGCUAUCACUGCAAAGCUCGAUGGCACCCUAAUCAAACGUGCGACGCAGCUCGUGCCCAACGCUCCCAACACUAUGAACGCAGCUCAUCUCUAAGUUUCAGCCAAAGUGAUUCGCAGCACAGGGAUGAUAUUAAACCUUGUCCAAGAUGUCAAGUUCUCAUUGUUAAAAUGGACGAUGGCAGUUGCAAUCAUAUGACAUGUGCUGUGUGUACAGCUGAAUUUUGCUGGCUUUGUAUGAAAGAAAUCAGCGAUCUUCAUUAUCUCAGUCCUUCGGGUUGCACAUUUUGGGGCAAAAAACCUUGGUCACGAAAAAAGAAAAUCUUGUGGCAAUUAGGAACAUUGGUAGGGGCUCCUGUUGGAAUUGGCCUUGUCGCUGGUAUAGCCGUUCCUGCAAUGAUAAUAGGUAUACCAGUCUGGGUGGGAAGAAAAUUGUAUACGAGAUACGAAAAGGCCAACAAACACAAAAGAAAUGCUUUCAUUGUUGGCGGAGUCACAGCAUCGGUUUUAGUGUCUCCUGUCUUGGCUGGCCUUGCCGUGGGAAUUGGAGUUCCCAUUUUAUUGUUUUACGUUUACGGUGUUGUUCCCGUAUCACUUUGUCGCAGUGGAGGAUGUGGUGUAUCGACAAAUGGAUCUGGCGUUAGGUUUGAAUUUGAUGACGAAAAUGAAUUGAUGGGCGCCUUAGGAGGACGAAAUGUUGGAGAUGCAGCGUCGAUAGGUGUAGCAAGUCAUCGCGGUGGAAAUCCAUCGAUAGGUGAAGCUUCACUCUCGCUAGGAAGUGGAAGUCAGUUGGAAAAAUUGGGACGUGAAAAUGAUCGUGAAAGUGCGAGUAAUGUUGCCCUUGCCGGAACUAGCAUAGCCGGAAGUAUAGCUUCAAGUGUUCUUCCAGGAGGCCAAAGACUGGAAGUGCAGGCUGACGUGACAUCGACACAGAGAUUUAGCUUGUGCAGUGAAACUGCAUCGGCCACUACUAGCCUCUCGGAAAAAUCCGUCAACGCUUCAAUCGCCCUGGACGAUGGAGCAGCAUCGACAAGGGCAUUAGCUGGUUCGGUUCUCAAUUUCAAAAUCGAAGGCAGCUCGAUCACUAGUGGUCCAAGUGUGGAGGGCGAGCAGACACCAGCUCUCGCUGAAUGCAAUGGUGAUUCGGCGGCAGGUCAGGCGGCUUCUUUGAGUUCACUCGAUGAAAUAGCGCCGGGCUUGGCGAAGCGUUCACGUCGAAGACCAAAUUUGGAUCUGGAUCGGCAGCAGAGCGAGUCGAGCAGUUGGACCGUUUGCGAGGAGGAGGACGGUGGCUCCGAGCGGGUUCGCUUUGACCAUCAUGUCAGUUUUAUCGAGGCUGAUGGAGAGAAUGGAACGAGCAGUGUUCCCAGAGGUCUUGGGAGGCGCAAGCGAAACAAGGAACACGAGCAACAAGAGGAGUCGCAAAAGACUUUGCGACUACUCAACACGUAAGAGUUAAGAAUGUCAAGCAAAGCACGGUUUUUCUCCAUAAAAAUUCAAAUUGUGUCUGAAUUUUGCGCCUAGAAGUUCCGAUCGUACUUUAAAAUAAUAACCAUUGGCGGAAAAAGCCUUUUCAGGGUCUUUUGAAGGAGGCUUGUGCGUUACAAUUGGCCGAAAAUGACGGUGAAAUAUAGUUUAAUUCUAGUUUUGAC